GAGAGAGAGACAAAGAGACAGAGAGAGAGAGACAGAGAAAAGACAAAAGGAAAGAGGAAAAUGAAAAGGAGAAAAGAAAAAUAAAGAUGGAGGGAUAAAUAAGACAAAGGAAGUGGAGGGAAAAGAAAAAUUAAGGCAUAUAAAAAGGGGGAAAAGAAAAAUGAAAAAUGAAAAAGGGAAAGAAAGAUAAAGAAAGAAAAAUCUGAGCGAUAUAAAGCAGAAAGGCAGAAAAACUAAAAGAAAGAUGGAGGAAUAUAAAGAAGAAAAAGAAAUGGAGAAAAUAAAAAUGAAGAGGUAUAAGGAAGAAAAGGGAAAAGAUGAAAAGAAAGAGGGAUAGAGGGCGAAAAAGGACAAGAAUAAGAAGAAUAAAGAGCAAAAAAGGGGAAAGAAAAGGGGCAAAGGGAUCAGAAAGAUGGGGAGAUGCAAAGAAAAAGAAAAAAUGAAAGAAAGAAAGAAACACAAGGAAGAAAGAGAGGAGAAGAAAAUGUAAGGAGAACAGAAGGUUGGAGAAAAAAGAGAGGGAAUGAGAAUAAAGAUAUGAAGAAGUGGUGAGAAGUAAGAAGCACAAAAAUAACACAUCCCUGCAGCUCGAUGAGGCGUCGUCCAAUCACAUCGAACGCACCAGGACGUAAACACGCACCGGCCCGGUCACGUGACAUAGGCGUCACAUGACUCUCUAGUCAACAACAGCCAACAUGGCGGACGCCGAGGCUGUGAAAGCGCUGAGCGGUUUAUUGAACGGAAUCGCGCAGAGGGUUUAUUACGGGAACUCGGAGAUCACGGAGGAGCUGUUGAAGGAUGAGCUUUACCCCGGUGUGCCUCAGGAGGAGUUCCGGGCUCUGUACGACAAAAUGAGGGGCCUUUUAAAGUCUGUAGCCGUGGCGGAUAUGGACCAGGCCCAGCUGGAGGCGUUUCUGACCGCUCAAACGCGUAAGCACGGUGGCGGCGGUAUGACCUCGGAGCAGGCGGCGGCUCUGGCGCGUUUCUGGAAGGGGCACCGCGGCCGGGUGCGAGAGAGCCUGCUGGCACAGAGCCGCUGGGAGCCUGCGCUGAGGGGGUUGAGCUGGAGGGUGGACCUGCAGACCGCGACCAGCAGGGGGCAGACUUCCAACAACCCCGUCGCACUGGUGGAGCUCGAGCUGGGACGAAACGGCCAGGACUCGGAGUUUGUGUGCUUGGAGUUUGAUGAACUGAAGAUUAACCAGGUGCUAAAGAAGAUGGCAGAAAUCCAAGACAGCAUCGACAGUGUUGUGCACCACAGCUAGAGAGAGCGUGAGUGAGCGACAGAGAGAGAGAGAGAGAGAGAGAGAGAGAGAGAAAGUCUUUGUGAACUUUUCCCCAGUGAUUACUGCGCUACUGUCUCAUACUGAACUUGGUCAUAAAAAUGCAUUUAUGGCCUUUGUAUAUAUAAAAAAAAAUUCCUGCUUUGUUUGUUCUUUCACAUGUCUGUUAUUCUUAUCAACAAUCACCUUUAUUUCAUCUGAUAAAAUGUCACAGGUAGACAGAAUGUUUUUGCAGGUUGCUCAUGAAAGACCGUUUGGUAACGUGUGUAGUGCUGCACCUUCUCCACCGUGAGGAUACGCCGUGUCGCCUCGGGUUUCCCAGCCGUCCCUCAGAGACGCUCUGCAGUGGACACAUCUGUUUCUCUGAGCAGGUUGUUCCAUUAACCGUCUCGGAGAUCUCCUGCACAGCUUCCGUCUGUGUUUUGGGGCCAUUUCGAUGGUUUUUUUAAUUAUUAUUAUUAUCAUCAGACAUGUAGUUGAAUCAAAUAGGCAUUUCCAAACAUGCAGGGAGUUGCUGUGAUUUAUAAAUAUUUAAUAUCGGUGCGCACCUAGAACAAGCAGGCAAAAGGCCACAGCAUC